UUAUAUUUCUAUACUAUUCUCAGAUUUUACAUUCUUUUUUUUCAGCUUUUUUGUUUUUGCCUUUAUUUUUUUAGGUUUUGGAGAUUUUUUCGAAGCACAUCAGUGCUUCUCGUGGAAGCACAGAUUUGCUUCCAUGUACUUCCACGAGAUAUUUGCUUCGAGAAGCACAAUUAUGCUUCUACUCGAAAAGGGAAAGCAUAAUAUAUGCUUCCGCGAGAUGGACAGCCCGUGUUUCCUAGAAAAUAGAAAAAAGCACAACAUGGUUUUCCAAAAAAGAAAUUUUGAAAACCGCAACCGUGCUUCCUAGGCUCCGGUUUAUUUCUUCCGUGUUUUUCCGUUGCCGUUUUUCUUGUUUUUUCGAUAUUUUUCCAGUAUUAAUUUCAUACUGCAUGAUGAUUUAUUUGGGAGUCAUUCUUUCAUUAAGCCAUAUGUCUGUUAAUUUGUAUUGUCAUUUGUCAGUACCUGUACCUAGGAUGAACUAACAUUUGUUUAGUACAUCGAAACUACUACACGUACAACUAUGGCUUGUCCGAUUUGGUACGAUGCGACAUCCAGCCGUCGCUGGAGUUCGAGUCCAACUGACAUACGGUUGGAUCUGCUCCAUCGGACAAAAUUCGUACGUGAACUGUAGUACAUAUAGCACGGUUCUUAGUACAUAGGAGUGAAACGAUGUAAUUUUGUACUGCAUGAUGAUUAUUUGGCAUUGUCUAUGUAGUGUAAUAUAUGGUAAAAUCAUCACUAGGGAGAAAAGGUGAUCAUAAGAUUAGGCAUGAGUAACCAAACACCAUGUUUUUGCAUCUACACAACCAUAAUCCUCAAGUGUAGCCAACCAAACAUCAUGUAUCAAACGAUCUCAUGAUGCAAUGCAGGCAGGCAAACGAAAAUGCAAAACAUGGUUUAAACUGGUAGUAUCUCGGCCAGAGCUCUACUGAGCCACAGAUGUAAAGAGGUCAAAACGGCUGGAGGCAACCAAACAUGUCCAUAAAGACCUGGAAAACAACUAAGUCAUGUCACCAUACAGUGCAAUGUAGACAGUCCAGCCAUGCUAUUCCCUCAUUUACGAGCAUCUAUUGUGCACCGUGAAAAAAAAAAAAGCGCGCUAUAGUGUUUUGAACAAUGUCUCACUAACUAAAUUAGUGUACAAUGUCUCACUAGUAGCAAUGCUGUAGCGGUGAUAUAGCACGUUAAUAACAUAUUUUAAGAGCCAGGCUAUUUUUUUCAUUGAUUGCACACGAUGUAUCGUCGUUGAGAACUGAAACAUGCACGUAGAUUCACACUAGAAAUGACUUUAACCCUGGCGUUGAGGUGUGAGGUGCAUCAUAUCCCUCGGGAACAAACAACACUGUCGAGAAUGCGACUCAUAUCCUGCUUCACGUUCUGUUGUUCUGAACAAGUGAGUGCUAGCACUCUAGCUAUCUCGAGUAAAUUGCCCGUGUAUGAAAGUACGAAACCACAAGUUACUGCUACGCAGUUUGUCGAAUGGCUGUACCUUGGAUUCAACAUCCGGUGCCUGCACCCUCCCUCGUGGCGUGUCACCAUCUUCCCCACGCCCCAUUACUGAUGAAGCGGGGACAUUCAUAUCAGAAUGAUGAAGCGGGCCGGGGACCGGCGACAAUACCAUUACCACGAGUCCCUCUCCGGCCACCCCAUUUGUUAACGGCGAUGAGGUUCCGCCUGUGCUGGCAACCAGCUACCUCAUAACACAAAUAUGUCCGUCAGAUGCUGAUCCAACGACACCAUGUAUAAUGAUAAAUUUGGCUGCAAUACCGUUUUUCUUUUGCUUUCCUCCUUUAUAAUUAUUUAUGACGUUAUACCAGGUUGUCAUGCUGACGAACAAGCUUGCUGGGUCAGCUAUAUACCGGACACAGAUUCAGGUCUUGUCCUUAAUUCCAUCGCCAAGUUGAACCUUGAGGCACCAUUUUUCUGUGCAAAUGGAGGCCGAGCCAGCACGCCAGAACAGCCCAACUGAGAUCACAAUUGACUGCCCCGAGCCGGAUCAUCCAGCUCCGCCUCCAGCCCCCAAUCCAACAAAUGAAAACAGCCAGCCCCAGGAUCAUCAGCCUCCAGCAAAUGGAAGCAGCCAGCCCAAGGAGGUGAUCGAGAGCUACAAGCUCAUGCUGGAACUGAGCAAGUACAUCCUGCUGCUGGCAACGCUGGUGGCUACGGUGACGUACGCCGCAGGGUUCAACCCGCCUGGGGGCGUUUGGCAGGAGACCGUCGCCGCCUCAGGCCAACUCGCCGGCGACUCCAUCAUCCGGACCACCAGCUACCGCCGGUACCUGGUGUUCUUCUAUUGCAACGCCACCGCGUUUGCCUCGUCGCUCGUGAUCAUCGUCCUUGUCCUCUUCCUCACCCUCCUGGAAGAGAAGAAGCAGCUCCGCCUCCUGCCGCUGCGGGCGGUCAUGGUGGUGGACCUGAUGAGCGUCAUGGGGGCCUACGCCGCUGGGACCUGCCGGGACACGCCCACCACCAUCAACUCCUCGGUACUGGUGGCUGCCGUCCUCAUCUACCUCAUGUUCCAGAUGGUGCUGGCCUCGUUCUCGCACGACCACGAGUACAAUGACCCUGUGCAAGAGAAACGGCUCCGCAAGGUCCUCAUGCUGCUCGCGACGUUUGCAGUGAGCGUCACGUACAUUGCAGGUAUGAGCACGCCAGGCGGCUUCUGGGACAACACCGAGAACGGUCACCGGCCAGGCGACGCGAUUCUCAAGGACCGCCAUGGAGCUCGCUUGAGGGUCUUCCUCUACUUCAACACCACCGCGUUUGUUGCGUCACUGCUCGUCAUUGUGGUGCUUCUGGACAGAAAGCCUCGCGUGACUGGGGCAUACUGGUGCAUCGCUGUCGCGCUGAUCAGCCUCAUCGUCUCAUACACGGCCGGCAGCUGCAGGGAGACCGACACCAACUUCUAUGUGGGCAGCCUGGUUAUUGCCGUCCUGGCAUUCAUGGCAUUGCUUCAAGUUGCAUUUGUUCAAGAUACCAUACAAGCUGCAAGUACCUGGUUCUGGACCAAAAUCAAAAGCUUCCAACGCUGCAGGUCCGGAGACUCAUGCUGGAGCUUGCCAAAAGCAAUAACAAUAGCUCCAGGUCCGGAGACUAAUGGCAGCAGGAUGGCAGCGGAUCAGGCUCGCUCCCUUGUACUGUUGCUAGCCACUCUUGCAGCAACCAUCACUUACCAAGCGGGGCUGGACCCUCCCGGUGGCGUCUGGCCGGAUAAUGGGAACGGGCACAUGGCUGGUGACCCGAUCCUCCUCACAGUGAACGCUAAGCGGUACAAGACCUUCUUCUACUGCAACUCCGUCGCCUUCGUAGCCUCUUUGGUGGCCAUCAUCCUGGUACAAAGCAAGGUUAUGCUCCAGACCCAUGUCCUCCAGGCAGCCAUGAUACUGGACUUGUUUGGCCUCAUCGGAGCAUAUGCUGCGGGAAGCUCUCGGGACUUGACCACCUCCAUUUACGCCAUGGCCUUGGCAGGCGCCGUCCUGGUCUAUGUAGUGAUCCAUGUUGUCUUCUUUACACUGAACCGCGCCGAAGCCACUGCUGAGGAAAUUGAGUCCGUGGAGAAGAGGCGCAAGCGGUUGCUCCUUUUCGCAGUAUUGGCUGCGACCAUCACUUACCAAGCAGGGUUGACACCUCCGGGCGGCUUCCGGCUUCAGGAUGAUGGAUCCAGCGGGCACCAGGCAGGGGACCCGGUCCUCUUGUACAACUUUCCCCGCCGCUACAAAGCCUUCUUCUACUGCAAUACAGUGAGCUUCAUGCUGUCCAUCGCCCUCAUUAUAUUGCUCGUGAACCCCCAUUUAUACAGGCCAGCCAUACGAAGUUACGCACUCGCUGUUUGCACGGCGGCGGGCAUGUUUGGUCUGAUAGGGGCUUAUGCUGCUGGAAGCACCCAGCAUCUGAAAACAUCCAUCUACAUCUUUGUCUUAGGGGCUGUGGUCCUCUUUGUCAUAGCUGUACUGUUCCUAGUGUUCUUGGAUAAGAAAGAUACGGUCAGUGAACUGAAGCAAGAAAAUGCUGACAAAAAAGGAAAGGCAAAGCAUGCCAAGCGCAAAUAUCUGAUGCUGCUAGGAAUCCUUGUGGCAAGUGUCACCUACCAGGCUGGUCUAGAUCCGCCUGGGGGAGCUUGGCAGAACGACAGCAGUUGGUAUGAUGCAGGAAACCCGAUCAUGCAUGACAACAGGAGGCCCCGGUACCUCGCCUUCUUCUACAGCAACUCCACCUCCUUUGUGGCAUCCAUUGUUGUCAUCGUCAUGUUGCUGCCGCAGUGGCUGAAUAAGAAUAAAGAAUGGUCGCUCAAGGUCAUGAACACAACGAUUGUGCUGGAUUUGCUCGCCCUACUAGUGGCAUACGCAGCAGGAUCCAGCAGGGGGUGGAAGACAUCUGUGUAUGUCGCCGUGCUGAUCAUCGCCGUCCUGGCCUACGUUGCAAUCCAUAUAAUGCUGGCAUUGUUAUGUUCUCAUUCUCAUAGUGCUGUCAUUCCUCAGCAAAGGAGUCCAUGCGCCCAAGCAAAUUCUCAAUCACAGGAGCACGCGAGGAAUCAGGCACAGUUUGCUGCAAUGUCAACACCUUGAUUAUCAGUGUGUUUGUAGCUCUGUUCGUGUGAGGAGUGGAUGUGAUCUUCCUGUAUAUCAAUUUCCCUAUUGUCUCCUGAUUUGAUUUAUUGUUUUUAUGUACUCCCUCUGUUCACUUCUGUAAGUCGUUUAAGACAGCUGAAAUUGACCUGUUUUAGGUGCUGUCUUAAAUGUCUAAAAUGUCUUACAAAAGUGAACGGAGGGAGUAAUACAAAUAGAAAGGAGGGGAUGGUGUGUGGCUUCUCUUUUAUUUUUAGUUUCUUCCUAUUCUUAGUUUUGGUCGUAGCUUGUCAUCUCUGCUAUGCCCUAUUCCUCCCCAUUUCUAGAUUUAUAGUCUACUUGAUCUUUGAUGUACUGGAUUAUUCUAAAUCACUCAAACUUAGCUAGUAUGCUCGAGCAUAUUGGCAAAAACUAUACAUUUUUGCAUCGGGCAUAUUUGGACUCGGGUUGGGUGUAAACCUGAAUCCAGUGGAUGUGGCAGGUUCACAGGGCUUGGAGCUACGUAUGGUUGUUCUGCAGUUACAUGAUUCGAAGACUAAGAGCAGUCUUAAUCAUUGUUAAGUGUUAAACACAUAAAAAAGAGCAAUUGCACAAACAUCACAAGACAGUUUGGCAAGCAAGGAUGUAAACACCUGACUGAUUUGUGUGCCUGGGUAGAUGCAUUAGAAAUUAUGCAGGCACCAGGAACCGGAUCAUGCAAGAUGAAAUGCUAAAUGGAACUCAGGCUCCAUGGAGCCUAAAUUUUGACAAUUCAGAAAUCAUACUUCUAUGUUUCAAAAAAUUCUUAAAAAAAACCAGAGAUGUAAUGUACAUGUGUGUAAAUUUCAUGAUGAAAUACAUUAAAAUGAGAGCUACAAAAAAAAUGUGGCUUUUAAGCACUGUUCAUGCUCAAAGUUCACAAUUCUGUUUUUUAUUGUGCAGCUUGUAAUUCAAGGUAUUUCUUCGUUAAUUUUUUUUUUUGAACCAUGCAGGAGAGCUGCAUGUAUUAUAUUAAAGAGGGAAAGGUAUACACACGACCAGUUCGACAAAAAGUACAAAA